AUGGAGAAAUUCUAUGAGUUUGAUAAGGACCUAUAUAUGAUAUUUGUUGACUACAAACUAGCUUAUGAUAAUGUGAAUAGACAAGAACAAUGGAAAGCAAUAAUACAUUUUGGAAUUCCACAAAAAUAUGUAAAUUUAGUAAAAAUGUGUAAUGACAAAACGUUACUUAAAGUACAUUUUCUACAGAGAUUAUCGCCAGCCUUUGAAGUUAUUUCAGGAUGGAGAAAGGGAGAUGGUUUAUCCCCAACAUUGUUAAACCUGGGGCUAGCAAAAGUUAAAAGAGAAUCUUAUGAAGGCCGAAAAAUAGAAGUUAUUGGUAAGGAAGCUGUUUUAGCAUAUGCUGAUGACAUACGUCUUUUAGGGAAUACGCAAGAAGAAGUUACCCACUCACUUUCUAAACUAAUAGAAGCCAGCAAAAACAUGGGUUAA